CGCGCACGCAGCUUGGAUGGUUCUGACAGUGGCAGGCAGCAUCAUCCCCCGGCAGGAAGCAGAGCGCUACAUCGUGCUGAAACUUUACAGAGAGAAGAACCACCCCAGCCCGCUCCUCAUCCUUCUCCUGUCACACAGCCCACCAAUCCCGAGCCUGUCCGCGGACACAGCGACCAAUGAGAAGGCGCUAAGCACAGGCAGCAGGGAUUACUAGAGCGGUGUACGGGAGGCGGUCUGAGAUAUCACACUGGUGGUGAGUGACGAUGAUCCGUGCGGGUGGCUCGGCUCUGCUUAGGGAUUUUCUCCGGACAACCUCCAGGAGGCCUCUCGUCCUCAGCUCUGCCGCUCUCCGCACUACAGCCGGACCAUGUCCCUCCGGAGAAGACCGAGGAGGGAGCGGCGCCAACAGGCUCUGGCUGCCCGCUAUGAGGAGACUCCCUAGCCGCCCAUUCUGCUCCAAGUCUGGCGAGUCGGCCGAGUCUGGGGCGGAGAAGAAGGGCGCUCCGGAGCAAGCAGAGCCGGCCCAGGCUUCCAAGGAGGACAAGAAAAACAAGCAAGGACUCUUGCCAAGCCUGGAAGAUUUGCUCUUCUAUACAAUUGCUGAAGGUCAAGAAAAAAUCCCGGUUCAUAAAUUUAUUACUGCACUAAAGGCUACCGGGCUGCGCACAGCUGAUCCAAGGCUUAAAGAAUGUAUGGAUAUGCUAAGGCUGUCUCUUCAGACUACUUCUGAUGGUGUAAUGCUCGACAAGGAACUCUUCAAAAAGUGUGUACAAAGCAACAUUGUGCUGCUCACACAAGCAUUUCGAAGGAAAUUUGUCAUUCCAGAUUAUAUGUCCUUCACGUCACACAUUGAUGAACUCUUUGAAAACGCCAAAAAAUUGUCUGGUGGGAAGGUUGCAGAUUACAUUCCUCAACUGGCAAAAUUUAGCCCGGAUCUCUGGGGUGUUUCCAUUUGUACAGUGGAUGGUCAAAGGCAUUCAGUGGGAGAUACCAAAGUACCAUUCUGCCUACAAUCUUGUGUGAAGCCUCUGAAAUAUGCCAUUGCGGUGAAUGACCUAAGUACAGAAUACGUACACCGAUAUGUUGGGAAAGAACCCAGCGGAUUACGGUUUAACAAACUAUUUCUGAAUGAAGAUGAGAAACCACAUAAUCCAAUGGUGAAUGCUGGGGCUAUUGUGAUCACUUCUUUAAUAAAGCAAGGAGCAGGCAAUGCAGAAAAAUUUGACUACGUCAUGCAGUUUCUCAAUAAAAUGGCUGGCAAUGAAUAUGUUGGGUUUAGUAAUGCUACGUUCCAGUCUGAGCGAGAAAGUGGAGACAGAAAUUUUGCCAUUGGAUACUAUUUAAAAGAAAAAAAGUGUUUUCCAGAGCACACCGAUAUGGUCGGAAUCUUAGACUUUUAUUUCCAGUUGUGUUCCAUUGAAGUGACUUGUGAAUCUGCCAGUGUAAUGGCCGCAACCUUGGCUAAUGGUGGCUUCUGUCCAAUAACAGGAGAAAGGGUGCUAAGCCCAGAAGCAGUGAGGAACACCUUAAGCUUAAUGCACUCUUGUGGGAUGUAUGACUUCUCUGGGCAGUUUGCAUUUCACGUUGGCCUCCCUGCAAAAUCUGGAGUUGCUGGAGGGAUCCUUCUUGUGGUCCCCAAUGUUAUGGGCAUUAUGUGUUGGUCUCCUCCUCUGGACAAGUUGGGAAAUAGUGUCCGCGGGAUCCAGUUUUGUCAGGAUUUGGUAGGACUUUGCAAUUUUCAUAAUUAUGACAAUUUAAGGCACUUUGCAAAGAAACUCGACCCACGUAGAGAAGGAGGUGAUCAACGGGUAAAAUCUGUAAUAAAUCUUCUGUUUGCUGCAUAUACUGGAGAUGUUUCUGCCCUUCGAAGAUUUGCAUUGUCGGCAAUGGAUAUGGAGCAACGUGAUUAUGAUUCUCGCACAGCUUUGCAUGUAGCAGCAGCAGAAGGUCAUGUUGAAGUUGUGCGCUUUCUUCUAGAAGCUUGCAAGGUUAAUCCUUUUCCAAAAGACAGAUGGAAUAAUACUCCUAUGGAUGAAGCUAUGCACUUUGGACACCAUGAUGUUGUUACAAUCCUUCAAGAUUACCAAAACAAUUAUACACCUCUGGAGCAACCAGAUAGUGAAAAGGAAGAGCAGACUGUUCAAAAGAACCUGGAUGGGUUGCUAUAAGAUUUGAUCACAAAGAUGACAUAUUUGCACAUGUUGUAGAAUCCUAUAAAGUGUGUGUAUUUUUUAUCUUAUAGUGAUGUAUAUUUUAAAUGAAGACUAUCUUUCAGUGUUAUUUUCCUUGUUGGAUCCUCAGGAUGGAAUUUUAAAGAAAAGCAACAAAGGCAUAGCCUCUUUAUUAUCCCCUAGAGCUGCCAAGGAGAAGCUGCCUGAUUUAUUUCCUUGGCAUCAGUGGGUGACUUUAUGCUGCAUAAAUGUGCUUUCCUUUUACUGUGAGUUUUGUCAAGUGAUGUUUUAGAAGUAGUUGCUAACAAGUCCACAGAAAAAUAAGGUGAAAUGUAUACAGCCUUUUCGGCACAUACCUAGUCAAAAAUAUAUUCACAAUAGACUGUAAUAUCCAUUAGUGGAAGAAAGAAUCCUUUUUCUUGAUAAACCAGCUAAAGUUGGUAACAAUGUAACUUUUUUCCACUGAAGGGUCAUCUUACUGUGUUUUUGUUGAAAAUGUCUUAUUUAUCUUGUGAUGUCCUUUCAACAGACAUUGUAGUUUUAUGUGCGAUUAUCACAUGCAUUUUGUGAUUUCAGAGUAAGGUGUGUAACUGUUUCUUGUUUGAAGUGUAGUGUAUGGUGGUUUGUAUCAUUUCCAGGCUGUAUGGUAAAAAAAAGAAAAUCUGAAAGUGGCCGUUCCUAGUAAACUGCCAAGGGAAAAAUGUUAUCUUAGGCUGGGUUCGCAACUGCCGAUGGAUGCAGGCUCGCAGCAGAGGUCUGGUGCAUCCAUGUUCUCCGUAUCUGUGCCGAAUUUUUGCCUGAAUUCGGCCCUGAAACGCAGCCAAAGAUGACUAGGACUCCUGUGCAAGCCAGUCGCAGCGGAGAUAUGUGAACUGGCUCCAUAGAGGGCAAGUUGCAAACUCCUGUCAUGCGAAUUGGAUGCGGUAAAAGCCGCAUCUAAUUCGCACUAGUGUGAACCCAGCCUUAACAAAAUACGAAAUGUAAAAUACAGUUCAUUUAGCAUAAAACCAAAAUUCUAGUUUUCAGCAGCUGACUUGGAUUUUUAAGGUUUGGACUUUGGCACUGGGGAUGUCCUUUACAGCUAAAGCUGAUUAAUCAAACUGAAGAUUUCUGGAUACUGAUAACUGUAUUCAUUAAUUGUGCUCUAAGCUUUAUAUUGGUUUAAAGAACUAGAGUAAAUUAUUUAAUAACCAUUGGAAAUGUGGACAUGUGCUAGUGUGAGUUAGUAUUUAUUAAAGGGCAUUAUAUGGCUCCAAAGUGAAACCUUGAUGGUAAGCUAGUUGUUUAGAUGGAACAACCAACAAGUACCAUAUCCCUGGGAAUUAUUUCAAAAUGUCAAGUGCUGUGUUACUACAUAGCAUAUGCUGUAUAUAAAUUAUUGUUGCAAUAUUAUGUUUGUGUUGCUUUAUAAAUCUCCACCCAGCUGUACCUCUUACAAAAUUGUGUGCUCUUUUCUCACGGUUUCUCUGCAGAAAGAUAUGUGUAUUCUGUGAAUGUAGACUAUACUUGAUAGGAUGAAUUGCACACAAUUUUUUUACAGGAAAUUGUCCUUCAGCUUUUAGUGUUUCCUGUAACACUAAUCAGUAAGUUUGCACUAUUAAGUUGCUUAUGAACAAGUAUGCUGUAUCUUUAAAAUGCACUGUAAAUCCAUUUGAUAAGCAUUUUAGUUAUUUUUGUGGUAAAGACACUCCAUUGAAGCUUA